AUGGCUUCAAAUUCUCUAAUCUGUGAAACCGGACCAUGGAAGGAUUUGACGGCACAUGUUGAGAACAUUAAGAAGACCCAUUUGCGUGAAUUGUUAUCCGACACCGAGCGAUGCACGUCUAUGAUGGCUGAAUUUGAUGGGAUUUUGUUGGACUAUUCAAGGCAAUGUGCCAAUCUUGACACCUUGGAUAAGCUCCACAAUUUAGCAGAGGCAGCUCAUCUCAAAGAAAAGAUUAAUCGGAUGUUCAAUGGAGAACGUAUAAAUAGUUCAGAAAAUAGGUCUGUCCUUCACAUAGCACUCCGUGCUUCACGGGAUUCAGUUAUAAAUAAUGAUGGGAAGAAUGUGGUCCCUGAUGUUUGGCAAGUCCUAGAUAAGAUCCGAGAUUUUUCUGAGAGGAUUCGAAGUGGUGCCUGGAUUGGAGCCACUGGUAAAGUGUUGAAAGAUGUAAUUGCUAUAGGAAUUGGUGGCAGUUUCUUAGGACCUCUGUUUGUGCAUACGGCACUUCAAACAGAUCCAGAAGCUAUUGAAUUUGCACAAGGUCGUCAAUUGCGUUUCCUUGCAAAUGUCGAUCCAAUUGAUGUUGCAAGAAAUAUUGCAGGCUUGAAUCCUGAAACCACACUAGUCGUGGUGGUUUCAAAAACUUUCACUACAGCUGAGACCAUGUUAAAUGCCAGGACACUGAGGGAAUGGAUAUCAGCUGCCUUGGGGCCUCAAGCGGUGGCAAAGCAUAUGGUUGCUGUCAGUACUAACCUCAUGCUUGUAGAGAAGUUUGGCAUUGAUCCAAAUAAUGCUUUUGCAUUCUGGGAUUGGGUGGGAGGCCGCUAUAGUGUUUGCAGCGCUGUUGGAGUACUACCUCUUUCUCUGCAAUAUGGAUUUCCAGUCGUGGAGAAGUUCUUAAAGGGAGCUUCAAGUAUUGAUCAACACUUCUAUUCUGCACCUUUUGCGAAGAAUUUACCAGUGCUAUUAGGUUUGUUGAGUGUUUGGAACGUAUCAUUCCUCGGAUUUCCUGCAAGAGCCAUUUUACCUUAUUCUCAAGCACUGGAGAAAUUCGCACCCCAUAUUCAGCAGGUUAGUAUGGAGAGCAAUGGAAAAGGGGUAUCAAUCGAUGGUGUGCCUCUUCCCUAUGGGACAGGUGAAAUUGAUUUUGGCGAACCAGGAACAAAUGGCCAACACAGCUUUUACCAAUUGAUUCACCAGGGUCGUGUCAUACCUUGUGAUUUUAUUGGUGUGGUUAAGAGUCAGCAACCUGUUUACCUGAAAGGUGAAAUGGUUAAUAACCAUGAUGAACUAAUGUCGAACUUCUUUGCACAGCCAGACGCCCUUGCUUAUGGGAAGACUGCAGAACAGCUGCUAAAAGAAAAUGUUCCCCGGCCUCUUAUUCCACACAAGACUUUCUCUGGAAAUCGACCUUCUUUCAGCCUUCUACUUCCUUUGUUGAAUGCUUACAACAUUGGACAGUUACUGGCAAUUUAUGAACACAGAAUUGCUGUGGAAGGCUUUGUAUGGGGUAUCAAUUCCUUUGAUCAGUGGGGCGUGGAAUUGGGGAAGUCACUGGCUACUCAAGUUAGAAAGCAUCUUCAUGCAUCUCGUAAGAAAGGUGAACCAGUUGAAGGCUUCAAUUUCAGCACUACAACAAUGUUGACAAGAUAUCUACAGGGAAGUGCCGAUGUCCCCAAGGAAGAUUGCACUAUUCUACCAAAGAUGUAA